UUCGACCCGAAUCCAGUCUUGGUUGACCGGCUGGAUUUAUCUCAUUCCCAAGUGGUAAAUCUAUUUCCAGCCGAAAACCCAGUUUGUUUUUCGCAACCGAGCGCCGGAAUAUAUGAGUUUCUUGUCCGGCGGUAUCAAUUUUCUUGCCUCCAUGAGGAUGCCAAGGAGCUCCAUUUACAGAUUAUCAAGAAUGGCUUUGCCGGCGACUUCUUUUUCUGGAAUACCCUUAUUAAUAUAUAUGUCAGAAUUGGUGAUUUGGUUUCUGCGCACGAGUUGUUUGAUAAAAUGCCUAGCAGGAAUUCCGUGACAUGGGCUUGUUUGAUUUCAGGGUAUACCCAGUACGACAUGCCGAACAAGGCGUGUGCUGUUUUUCGAGAGAUGAUACUCGAGGGUGUUUCUUUGAAUGCCUAUGCCAUAGCCAGUGCUCUCCGUGCUUGCCAGGUUUCAGAACCUGGAGGGCUUAGCCUUGGGUUGCAAAUUCAUGGUUUAGUUUCAAAAACCCCACUUUCACUUGAUGCUGUAGUCGGUAAUGUUCUGAUUUCUGUGUAUGGGAAUUGUAUGGAUAGUGCUUUCUGCAUUUUCAACGGGAUACAGAUAAAGAAUUCUGUAUCGUGGAAUUCUAUCAUUUCAGUUUGUUCACAAAGAGGUGAUGCAGUUUCUGCGUUUGGUCUUUUCUCCAGCAUGCAACAAGAGGCCUUGGAAUUUAGUUUCAAGGGUAAUGAAUAUACAUUUGGCAGUUUAAUAAGGGCUGCUGGCUCAUCUGUGGACUGUGCUGUGUGUUUGCUUGAGCAAUUGCUAGCCAAAAUUAAGAAGUUAGGGUUCGUACAAGAUCUAUAUGUGGGUAGUGCUCUGGUAAGUGGGUUUGCAAGAGUUGGGGUGCUAGAUAUGGCUAAAAAGAUUUUUGAAAAAAUGGCUCAUAGGAAUGCAGUGUCCAUGAAUGGUUUGAUGGUUGGAUUGAUAAAGCAAAAGCAUGCAGAGGAAGCAGCUGAACUUUUUUUAGAGAUGAAAGACUUGGUCGAAAUAAACUCCAACUCUUUUGUGGUUCUUUUGAGUGCAUUUGCUGAGUUCUUUGAGCUAGAGGAGGGCAGAAGAAGAGGUAAAGAGGUUCAUGCAUAUGUCAUCCGAGCUGGCUUAAUUAAUUCCAGCAUUGCAAUUGGAAAUGGGCUAGUUAAUAUGUAUGCUAAAUGUGGUGCCGCUGAUGAUGCCUGCUCUGUUUUUAGACUCAUGGUUAAUAAAGAUUCAAUCUCAUGGAAUUCUAUCAUCUCUGGGCUUGACCAGAAUGAGUAUUUUGAAAAUGCAGUGACAAGCUUCUGUACAAUGAGACGAACCGUGAUGCCUUCAAAUUUCACAUUGAUUAGUGCUUUAAAUUCAUGCGGGAGCCUAGGUUGGAUCAAGCUGGGAGAGCAAAUACAUUGUGAAGGACUUAAACUUGGACUUGAUUUAGAUGUUUCAGUUUCAAAUGCUCUUCUUGCUUUAUAUGCAGAGACGGGUCGUAUCAUUGAAUCCAAGAAAGUGUUUUCUUUAAUGGAAGACUAUGAUGAAAUCUCUUGGAAUUCUGUUAUUGGGGCAUUUGCUAAUUCCGAGGAAUAUGUCUCUGAAGCUGUAAAAUAUUUCUUUGACAUGAUGCAAGAUGGAUGGGUUCUUAACAGAGUAACCUUUAUCAACAUUAUUUCAGCUGUCUCAACAAUUUCCAGCCAUGAAUUGGUCCAUCAGAUUCAUGCUCUAGCGGUAAAGUACCAUUUCAUGGAUGAUAGUGCUAUCGAGAACACUCUUCUUUCUUGCUAUGGGAAGUGCGGAGAUAUGGAUGCCUGCGAAAAAUUUGCGAGGAUGUCUGGCAGGAGGGACGAUGUAAGCUGGAAUUCCAUGAUCUCUGGGUACAUCCAUAAUGAAAUGUUACCCAAGGCCAUGGGUUUGGUCUGGGUUAUGUUACAGAGGGGGCAGAGGCUAGACUGCUUUACUUUUGCUACUGUUCUCAGUGCGUGUGCCUCAGUUGCAACAUUGGAGCGCGGCCUAGAAGUUCAUGCUUGUGCAUUAAGAGCUUGUUUGGAAUCUGAUGUUGUGGUUGGGAGUGCACUUGUUGACAUGUACUCGAAAUGCGGACGGAUAGAUUAUGCUUCUAGGUUGUUUGAGUUGAUGCCAGUGCGGAAUGUGUACUCCUGGAAUUCCAUGAUAUCUGGCUAUGCACGGCACGGACAUGGACACAAGGCUCUAGAGCUUUUUGAAGCAAUGAAGCAAGAAGGUCAACAACCAGAUCAUGUCACCUUUGUUGGGGUCUUAUCAGCUUGUAGCCAUGUGGGUUUGGUUAUGCAAGGUUUUGAACAUUUCGAAUCUAUGACCAAUGUGUACAGCCUCACCCCUAGGAUGGAGCACUUCUCAUGUAUGGUAGACCUUCUAGGGAGAGCAGGUGAACUAGAUAAGUUAGAGAACUUCAUUAACAGAAUGUCAAUGAAACCUAAUGCUCUUACUUGGAGGACAGUGCUUGGUGCUUGCAGUCGAGCAAAUGGUCGCAAAACAGAUUUGGGUAAGAGGGCUGCUGAAAUGCUUUUGCAGUUGGAACCUCAAAAUGCUGUCAACUAUGUACUACUCUCUAACAUGUAUGCAUCCGGGGCAAAGUGGCAGGAUGUUGCGAAGGCCCGGGCCGCAAUGAGGGAAGCAGCAGCGAGGAAGGAAGCCGGCUCUAGUUGGGUUACCAUGAAAGAUGGCGUUCACGUUUUUGUGGCCGGUGACAGAUCACACCGUGACAAAGAUACCAUCUAUGAAAAACUUAAGGAACUGCACAAGAAAAUGAGGGAUGCGGGAUAUGUGCCGCAGACAAAUUUUGCCCUUUAUGACCUUGAUCAGGAGACCAAAGAAGAGCUCCUUAGUUACCACAGUGAGAAGCUAGCUGUUGCUUUCGUUCUCACUCGCAAAUCAGGAUUGCCUAUAAGGAUAAUGAAGAAUCUUCGAGUCUGCGGUGACUGUCAUUCUGCCUUCAAAUACAUAUCAAAAAUUGUUGGCCGGCAGAUAGUAUUACGAGAUUCAAACAGAUUUCAUCAUUUCACAGAUGGUGAGUGUUCGUGUGGGGAUUACUGGUGAUUUUAACUGAUUCUGUUGUCAAGAUAUUACGUACAGAUUAUCGCUGGGAAGACGAUAUCAAAGAGCUUGACCAUAUAUCUCCUGCCGGGGGCUUCCCAGUUAGGUUCGGGAAGAAUCAUUUUUUGUAUAUAACCUCACCUUCCACGACUCAAAAUUCACCACCUGUGGCUCUAGAAGACUCAACUCUUGUCUACUUGCCACAGCAUUCGCAUCAAGACUUGAAGAUGGUUCACCGAUGAGCAAUUUAAGCGCUGCUACCAAGGGUUCCCCUAUCUGAUAGAUAAUGUAUGAACUGGAUCAUUCUUCAGCAAGUUGAAGUGGGUUCAGAGGAACUUGUUGAAGACCAAGUGCAGGAUCAGAUACUGACUGUAAAAGCUAUAGAGAGAAUGAGACGUAUUGAGAGUGGAAAUAAGGAAGAAAUUGAAUACAAAGGGGUUCCUCUAUUGAA